GCACGCUACCUCCAGGGCCUCUGGCACAGGCUGUCCGCACAUUGCCGCCGGAAGAUGUGACCUGGUACAUCUAUGCUGGAAUCACCCACGCGUACUCGGAUGGGGCCUCUGGCACCGCGCUGCUGACGGACCUCUUGCGCAUCUAUGCCGAGGAGGCGAAGAUCGGCCUUUCGACAAGCGAGCUGCACUCUCCACCUGAGCAUCUGGCCCUGCUCCAACAUCGUUUGCGGAGAUCCUUGUUCGGGAGACUGCGAGGAGAGGACAACGCCAAUGAUGAUGUGUAUCACGAGAUCGUUUGCGAAGAUUGGGGCAGACGGUAUGGUUUCUCCAAGAGAAUCAAGCUUGAGCCCAUCGUCGUGAACACUCUGCACCUUGCAGCCUCCAAUGUCAUUGGCUGCAGCAUUGAUGUUGCGUGGCUGACAGCCAUUGUUGGUAGUCUUCUGCGGCUUUUCCCGGACCAGCAUCGUUUCCAGUUGAUUCUCAAGUGCGCAUGUCGCGAUGGGCCAGGACAGACUGAGAUGGUGGGUUUUCUGUCAGAGCAGCGGGUCUUUCCGAUUGAUGUUGGCGACUCCCGUCACGCGACUUUAAUGGACGUGUACUGCGCCAUCGAGAGUGUGUCCGGCUUAGCUACCGAAGUGCGUCGCUCUCGGACCUGGCGAGCUCCGGUUCCUUUCGAGGUCUACGUGAACAUCGUGGGAUCAAUGACGGAGGGCCUACCCCUGCAGUGCUCUCAGGUCGCCUACCCCGCAGCAGGGCGGUCCAGUCAAGUUCAAGCCUAUGCCCACUUGAACCUUCGGAUUGACCAGAUCUCCCAAAAAGAGUGGGAUUUCCGGAUCUUCCACUGGGACAAAGAAUGGGGUUGGGGCUGGGGCUCGGAGUUUGCCCCGGUGUUGGGAGCCGUGAUCGCAGACAUGGCAGAGUGCCCACUGGAAGCGUUGGUGCCUGCGCCGGUUCUGCCCUGGCGGAGGCUGCAGAUGCAGUCGGACCCUUCAUCUGCGAAGCGCAAGGAUCCACCGAGUCCUCCGGAACCUUCGACAACUGCAGAGCCUACGCCUGACAUUGAGCAGCUUGCGCGCAGUGCAUCGACGCCCCCACCCAAGGUGAUGCGCGUGGAAGACGGCUGA